AUGCCGGCCCCUUUGAUUCGCCGCUCUAUUAAUGAAGGUGCGCGCUUCUUUGUAGACCUGAAAGAAACUAAUACACCAUUCGAAGCGCCACUCGAGAUUCGAACGCAUCGGUCCGAUUUUGCGGGGGAGGGGGGGCGGGUCUCGCUCGCGGCGCGUAAUGAAGCCGAAAAGCAAGUCACGGGGCGCAGGCGCCGCACGUCAGCGCCGUCAACGCGCCCCGUCAAUGUUCGAUGGCCCGACAAC